UNUAUGAAAUCAUUAACACUAAUAUUCCUAUUCGAUUUAGCUGCUGUUAUGUUAGUGAACGGUGCUCCAGCUAAUGAUAAAAAUGAUGGCACUAAUUCCAAACUAAAGAAGAUUACUUCCUCAACUACAAUUUUUCCAUCGUCUACAAUUUUCCCAUCGUCUACAAUUUUUCCAUCGUCUACAAUUUUCCCAUCAUCUACAAUUUUUCCGUCAACUACGAUGUCUACGUUUAACAAAUGUAACAUAGUCUGCACAACUGACUACAAACCAAUUUGUGGAUCUGAUGGCGAUAAAAUAAACUUAAGCUUUGGAAACAAAUGUGUACUGGAUAAAUAUAACUGUGAACACGAAAUAAGUAAGUGUUUAAGAUCAAUACGAUAAGAUUUAUUAAAUAAA